AUGGACAAGCAAAUUCUGACCCUUGAUAAAGGCACCCGAUGCACGGCUUGGAAUUACAGUGGCCAGAGACUUGUUGCAGGCCUGGCUGACGGCUCCUUGGUCACAUAUGACUCUGCGGAUCCAGCUUCUUCCGUUUUUACUUGUACCUCCAGAUUUAAGGUCCAUGAGAGCAGCAUCGUGAAAGUUGUGUGGGUCCCACCGGAAUAUGGAGAUGCAGUUGCUUGCAUUAGUGCCGAUGGGAAUCUGUCUUUGUGGGAGGAGGUCUCGGAAGAAUCCAAGGGUUGUCACUGGAAGAAGUGCAAAAGCUUUGAUAAUGGUACCGGGCAGGUUCUUGAUGUUCAAUUCGGAGAUAGCCAGACAUGUCUGAAAUUGGUAGCUGCAUAUUCAGAUGGGCGUAUAGAAAUCUAUGAGCUGCUAGAUAUGCUUGAACUGGAGAAAUGGCAACUUCAGGCUGAAUUUCAGAAUGUGAUCGAUUUGGUGUCCAAGUUUGGGAAUGUUUCCUGCCUGUCUGCAUCCAUAUCAUGGAGCCCUCAAAGAAGUGAAGCCAAACAAUCAAGCUUUGUGUUGGGCUUUGGUUCAAAUACUCCACCUCUAAAUUCUCCUAAGGUUUGGGAGUUUGAUCUGGAUCAUCAAAGAUGGCUUCCAGUUGCUGAGCUUUCUUCGCCUGAGGAUAAGGGUGAUCAAGUUUAUGCAGUUGCUUGGGCACCGAACAUUGGAAGGGAUUACGAACUAAUAGCUGUUGCCACUCAAAAAGGAAUAUCAAUUUGGAACCUGAGUUCAGAACCCGAUCCGGAUGGAAGGCUUUCAAUGCAAAGAGUUGCAUUGCUCUCUGGUCAUGACAGUGAGGUCUGGGAGAUGGAAUGGGACAUGAGUGGGAUGACAUUGGCUACCACUGGAAGUGAUGGGGUUGUUAGACUGUGGCAGUCGAACGUAAAUGGGGAGUGGCAUCAGCAAGCUGUUCUGACAACCGCAACUCAUUAG